UGAUAAUACUGCGAAAGAGACGAGGUCGGGCGAAGAGCUCUUUGUACCGUUAGGAUCAAUAAAUCCAGUGGGAUAUUGAGCUGAAGUUCCCGUUCGGUGGUGGUUACUGCCGGAAAGGACACCCGGCACAAUGGCUCAUCCUCAGCCCUCUCCCCCGGGGGCUGUCCCUGCUCACCAUGGCCACUUGGCCGCCCAUCCGCAAGUCAACGGUCAUCUUCCCUUGCAGUCGCAAGGACAGAAGGCACCACAAUUGACGGUUGCGCAGCGCAUCGCUCAGCUGAAUGAGCAAGUCUGGAUCGGAAUCGGAAGUGUUACAGAGGCAAUGGGUGACCUCGAUGGCGCCAUGAGUGCAUAUGAGCAAGCUCUGCGGCAUAACCAGUGGUCCAUCCCGGCUAUGCAGGCCAUCUCGUCCAUCUUGCGGACGAAGGAGCAAUUCCCCAAGGCCAUCGAGUAUCUUCAGAACAUUUUAAAGCUAGAUCCCCAGAGUGGAGAGACCUGGGGAAGCCUAGGUCACUGCCAUCUGAUGAUGGACAAUCUCCAGGAAGCCUACACGUCAUACCAGCAGGCUCUCUACCACCUCCGUGAUCCAAAGGAACCUAAGCUUUGGUACGGCAUUGGUAUUUUGUACGACCGCUACGGCUCGCUCGAGCACGCUGAAGAAGCUUUCUCUCAGGUCAUGCGCAUGCAGCCCGACUUUGAGAAGGCAAACGAAAUCUACUUCCGUCUGGGCAUAAUCUACAAGCAGCAGCAGAAGUUCAGCCAGAGUCUAGAGUGCUUCAAAUACAUCGUCAAUGACCCUCCCCGACCUCUCACCGAGGAGGACAUUUGGUUCCAGAUUGGCCAUGUCCACGAGCAACAGAAAGACUUCGAUGCGGCGCAGGCAGCAUACAGGCGGGUGCUCGACCGCGACCCCAACCAUGCCAAGGUCUUACAGCAGCUCGGAUGGUUGUACCACCAGCAAAGCAACAGCUACAGCAGCCAGGAAAAGGCCAUCGAGUACUUGGAGAAAUCAGUCAGCGCAGACAACUCGGAUGCGCAGAGCUGGUAUCUCCUGGGUCGUUGCUACAUGUCUCAGGCGAAAUACCCCAAGGCCUAUGAAGCCUAUCAGCAGGCUGUCUACCGCGAUGGACGGAACCCAACCUUCUGGUGCUCCAUCGGUGUGCUGUACUACCAGAUCAAUCAGUACCGCGAUGCGCUCGAUGCCUACUCUCGUGCCAUCCGUCUGAACCCUUACAUCUCCGAGGUGUGGUAUGAUCUUGGCACUCUGUACGAAUCCUGCAACAACCAGACCGCCGAUGCCCUCGACGCAUACGGCCGUGCAGCCGAUCUUGAUCCCAACAAUGUCCACAUCAAGGCUCGUCUGCAGCUGCUCCAGAGCGGUCAGACCUCUGGCGCCAACCAAACCAGCGUCCCCGUUCCUCAGGACGUGCAUCCCCAGGCUUAUCAGGCUCCUGGUGUCGGCGCGCCUCCCGGUCCGCAGUGGGGAGCUCCCGCACCCACCGGCGGUCCUCCUCCUCAGCCGCCAGCACCUCCCCGCCAGAUCGCAGAUUGGAAUCGCGGCAUAAAUGACAUACAGUCUCAGGCACCGCAGCCCGCGAAUCCUUUCGACCACCGGGAUGGCGUGCGGGCACCCCCUUCGCUCCCUCAGCAGAGCCCCCGACAGGAGCCUGCCAGAGCGUAUCCCGACCCGGCUCGCGGUCCCCCGAUCGGCCGCUCCCCCAAAUUGAACAAUGUUUCUGGUCCCAACGCCUAUCCUGCGCACACUCUUCCUCAGCUGGCCGCUCCUCCACCACAGCCUCAUGAUCGUGCUGCUCCCGGCGCCGCAGCCUACCCACCCUCUGCCCGUGGUCCUCCCCCGCCUAACGGUGUUUCUGCAGUGCCAGGCGGUCCUAACGGCGCUCCUACUCCUGGCGCAACGCUGGCUCCUUAUGGCCGCCCUUUCACUCCUCCGACCGAGAUCAGACCCAUCAGAGACGAGCGUCCGUCCUCUCCAGGCUCGACGUAUCCGCACCAGCAGUACCACCAUGGACCUAGCGUACCCCUUCCGAGCGCUACCGCUGCCAGCAUUGCCGGAGGUGCCCCUGCUCCAGCGGCUGCCCUGAGCGCCGCGGAAGCUGCUGCUCGCGAACGUGACGAGCGUCCUGCAUCGGCCAUGAAGCGUGGCAGAGACUGGGAGGCGGACGCCCCAUCAAAGAAGAUUGCCAACGAGGAGAGUCGCGCUCGCCUCGAUGAUCAGGUGACUCGUCGGGUAACUCCGCCCAACCAUAUGUCCUCCCCCGGUGAGAUGCACCGUCGCAGCUCGUCUGAGGCUCGUCGUGAGGAGCAGCGCCGUGCCAAUGAGAACUACCACCCUUCGGAGGCUGCGCACCAUCCUCCUACCUUGCCCUCCAUCCAGCACAUGCAGCCGCAACCGUCGGGAUCGUCGAUGCCUCCCAUGGCCGAGGGUCCUACCCCGACGUCUAACGGUGCCGCAUCUGGCCCGUCAUCCGCGCAGGCUCCGGUCAAGGAGGAGCCCCGUAAGGAGCAGCCUCCGCUGCAUGAGCCAGCUGCUCGUAAGAUGGAUGUCGACGAGGACUAUGAUGACGAUGGUGAUGAUGAUAAGAGAGCCGGCCCUGCCCCAAAAGGUAGCCCUCACGGCAGCGGCGCGGGAAACUCGGUCAGCAAUGGUAACGGCGUGAUCAACGGCGGUAACCAGACCUCCCAGCCUAAGCAGGAGGCACCGGCUUGAGAGUUGGGGUCCACGGUUGUCUGUAUUACAUUAAAUAUUUGAAGUACCCACAAAAAUGC